AGUGAAGUGUUUUAAUGAGGCUGUUGUGGAUGCAUUCAUGUGGAUAUGUCCCAUAGGCUGCAAGUGUAUUACCUGUUUACAGGAAAUACACGUGUAGCAUAUUAUAACAUAGGCUAUAUAUCUUCCAUUCUGUGUAAAUAGUUCGUAUUGAGCUCUAACGCUUUUAUGCAUUCGUUUUUUUCUGUUUUGAUGCGGUCAACUUGUACAGCUAUCAUGGGUGAAUUCCACUGACAUCAUCCACUCCUUUUAACGAAGCACAGUCCUGCAAACAAGCAGAAAGUUGUCGUUAGAUAGAGACUGAUCUAUUCGCCUUCUUUUCACGCAUCGAUCUGCGAGCUGGCCGGAGUGCAGCGGGCUCUGGACGGGAGCUGUCCUUGGUGAUGCAGGCCUAUACGCUCCAAUCCAAUUAGCCCCUGCUCUCCCUCCCUCGCUCCCUCCCUCCCUCCGCGCACUUAUCCUUUUAUUUUUACACGCUCGGACGAUAGCUGUUCCCCCCAGGGCAUCAGAUUCACAGCGCAGCGUCUCAGUGGGUCCUUCUUUUUUCAUUUCUUCAUGGCGAUCGGCGCUUUGGCCCGAGUUUGCAGGAUGUUGACGAUCCGGCAAAGGUCACCCCCCCUGCCCUAGGUGUACUUACUUUUAUCCACGAAGAUCGCGACCCCCGAAACAUGUGGAGCAGAGACAAUAGUCUGUGUGCUUACAGGAGGCGGGCAGCCGGGAUCGGAUGGGACGCGAAGCCAAAGCUUGGAUAACUCUGCGUCCUGGACGUGCACCCCGUGGAGACGAAGAGUUGGGGUUGAAGAGAGAAAGACAGCAACUUUUACGCAGCCGGGCCAUGGACCCCACCUGCCCCCCGCGCUCUGAGUGAGCGGCCAUAGACCGUCCUCACACUCACCCUCACCCUCACCCUCCCCCCACCCUCACCUCCCCCUCCCUCACCUCCCCCUCCCUCCCGGACAGACCGAACCCCUGACCUCCUCGCCACCUCCUCGCCACCAUGAGCGACCGCGGCGUCUACGGCGGCGGCCCCAACGCCACGGCGGGCAAGGCCAAGCAGUGGGGCGGGCCGCCGGCGCCCUUCCUGCCGCCCGAGCCCAUCGACAUCAUCCGCAUCAAGGCGCGCUCGCGGCGCGUGCGCCUCAACGUGGGCGGCCUGGUCCACGAGGUGCUGUGGCGGACCCUGGACCGCCUGCCCCGCACGCGGCUGGGCCGGCUGCGCGACUGCAACACCCACGAGUCGCUGCUGGAGAUCUGCGACGACUACAGCCUGAACGACAGCGAGUACUUCUUCGACCGCCACCCGGGCGCCUUCUCCUCCAUCCUCAACUUCUACCGCACGGGCAAGCUGCACAUGAUGGAGGAGAUGUGCGCGCUGUCCUUCGGCCAGGAGCUGGACUACUGGGGCAUCGACGAGAUCUACCUGGAGUCCUGCUGCCAGGCGCGCUACCACCAGAAGAAGGAGCAGAUGAACGAGGAGCUGCGGCGCGAGGCCGAGACGCUGCGGGAGAAGGACGGCGACGUGGAGGAGCACGGCUGCUGCCCGGACAAGAGGCAGAAGCUCUGGGACCUCCUGGAGAAACCCGGCUCCUCGCUGGCGGCCAAGCUCCUGGCCUUAAUCUCCAUCCUGUUCAUCAUCAUGUCCACCAUCUCCCUGUCCCUCAACACCCUGCCGGAGCUGCAGGUGGUGGACGAGUUCGGCCACUUCAACGACAACCCCAGCCUGGCGCACGUGGAGGCGGUGUGCAUCGCCUGGUUCACCAUGGAGUACCUUCUGCGCCUGCUCUCGGCGCCCAACAAGUGGGACUUCAUCAAGGCGCCGCUGAACGUCAUCGACCUGCUGGCCAUCCUGCCCUACUACGUCACGCUGUUCCUCACCGAGUCCAACAAGAGCGUGCUGCAGUUCCAGAACGUGCGCCGCGUGGUGCAGAUCUUCCGCAUCAUGAGGAUCCUGAGGAUCCUGAAGCUGGCCCGCCACUCCACGGGCCUGCAGUCGCUGGGCUUCACCCUGAGGAGGAGCUACAACGAGCUGGGCCUGCUCAUCCUGUUCCUGGCCAUGGGCAUCAUGAUCUUCUCCAGCCUGGUGUUCUUCGCCGAGAAGGACGAGGACGCCACCAAGUUCACCAGCAUCCCCGCCUCCUUCUGGUGGGCCACCAUCACCAUGACCACCGUGGGCUACGGCGACAUCUACCCGCAGACGCUGCUGGGCAAGAUCGUGGGCGGGCUGUGCUGCAUCGCCGGCGUGCUGGUCAUCGCUCUGCCCAUCCCCAUCAUCGUCAACAACUUCUCCGAGUUCUACCGCGAGCAGAAGCGGCAGGAGAAGGCCAUCAAGAGGCGGGAGGCGCUGGAGCGCGCCAAGAGGAACGGCAGCAUCGUGUCCAUGAACAUGAAGGACGCCUUCACCCGGAGCAUGGAGCUCACCGACGUGCUGGUGGAGAAGGGCGAGCAGCAGGAGGGCAAGUGUCCCGUGGACAACCACCUGUCGCCCAGCCGCUGGAGCUACCACAAACACUACUCCAACGCUGACGCCGCCAGCCCCGCACGCACCCAGCCCAACAGGUACAAGGAGGUGGGGCAGCUGGGGUCCCCCGAGCGCCUGAAGCCGUCGCCGUUCCGGGCCAACCCCCAGACCCUGAGCGCCCAGGGGCUGGAGGACACCUACAACAAGAUGACGGCCGGCCGGGGCGGGGACGAGCAGAUGGAGAUGAAGGUGGUGGCGUCGGCGUCGGGGCACCACCUCCAGGUCCGGGAGCUGCCCAUCAGCGAGCUGGGCCCCCUCAGGGAGUCGCCCCUGGGGGAGAGAGCCAGCCGGCAGCAGCGCGUCCCCCCUCCCCUGGACCUCAGCCAGAUCACCUCUCUGGAGUCCGGCCGCCGGCUCUCCGAGGGCGGCCAGCCCGCCGUCAUCAAGGAGGGGCUCUACGAGUUUGUCUCCAGCGGCCGUCCGGCGGGCGGCGGCGGCGGGGCGCGGGCGGCGGCGGAGGGGGGGUCCCACGGCGGCUCCGUGCGGGGCAACAGCACCCCCCGGAAGAGGAACUCCCAGAAGGGCCAGUCGCCGGGCGCCCAAGACGACGCGUCCCUGAUCGCCGUGGUGAGGCCCGUCACGACCCCCUCCCCCUCCUCCUCCGCCCGGCCGGACGAGGGCCCCCCCAGGGCCCAGGGCCCGCAUAGCGCCCCCCCGCAGGGCUCAGAGAGCGAGGGGCCGCCCACGGGCCUCAGCCGCUGGGGGAAGAACCACCUGGAGGGCUCCGUGUCCAGCGCCAGCCCCGUGUCCCCGAAGGGCAGCCCGCUCAACUGCGCCCAGGAGGCGGGCGGCCCGGGCGGAGAGGCGGGGGCCGCGGAGGUGUUUGUGGACGGAGACGAGAGGGUGGAGAACCACGUCAGCCUGGACGGCACCGUGACGGAGCCCUGCGAAACCAGCAUGUGACGUGUGGGGGUUCAGCGGCAGGUGCCGUGAAAAAGCAAGGUCUCCGAAGGGGGGUGGGGGGGGUUACUUGAUGUCAUUAGUCUUAUUGACGUCAAUAAGACUAAUGACAUCAGUCUUAUUGAUGGCAAUAAGACUGGGAAGCACAUGUCCAUGUCCAGAAGAUCUGAAAACACUUGAAGAAACAGUGUGUGUGUGUGUCUGCACAGGAAGGAAACGCCACUGUUGUAUAUAUUGAUCCUGUAUCUGUUUCUCCGGGGAUAAGAGACCGCUUUGCUUCUAAGACUAUGCUUAGGGAGCAGAAAUCACGCUUACUGCUGAACAGAACGACUUGAGCGCAACUGACUUCUGUGAUUCAGUAUUUAUUUUUAUUUUUAUAGAGUAAGUAUAAUAUGUGGCCAUGCGGGAUACAGUUUUAAUUUAUCGUUACGCAUACUGCUCUGGAUUUAAACAGCAGAGGAAGAAUUGUGGAGUGAGCGACCUAUCAUUUUAUUUUUCUAAAAGUAAAAUCUAAAUGUGAUGAAUUCUUCUGGGACUUCUAACACGGCCGUUAUGAAGGUGUCCCUCUUUUGCUCUCCUGUCCAAACUGCCCCGUUUUGAGUGGGGCCUCCUUCAUUCUUUGGUCAUCCCCGCUGGUUUGAGAUUCUUAUGUGAAAUGUGGAUGAAAGAACCCGGAUGAUGGACUGAUCCGGAAGAGGUCACAUAAAAAAAUCCUGCAUUUGAAACAGGAUAGUGUAACGUAUUAUGUGGCCAAUUGCUCCCUCCGUCACUCCAGAGAACAGAAAUAGUUCGUAGGAAUGACCCGAUUUAUCCUCUCGCAGUCAUGACAUCAGUAUCUGCGUUAGCUGUUCAAUAAUUCAUGAAUUGUUUUGUAUUGUGGCCGUUCAUGUAACUGAUCUGGUGAACUUUCUACUCUGUCACAUCUGUGGUAGCUAAGAUAAACCUGGGGUUUUAAAGGUGUAUGAUCUGCCCUUUUUUGUAACCCAAUUAGGUAAGGAACCAAAAAUAUUUACAAUGUUAUUAUUAUAAGAAUCAUAAAAUAACCACAACCUGACAAAAUACAAACUUGUAGGACUCACUGGAUUCACCGAUCUGGAGUUCCACCCAUAAACCCACAUUUCAGUCACUACCCACCGGUUUCACAUACUAUAUGUGUUGGCUUUUUAAGAUUGCCUUUUUGUUUAGAGAAGAGUAAUUUAAGUUUGUUUGCUAGAUUAUGUUUUUCGUCUGCAUAGCGAUGUGUGUGCUUGGGUAUUUGCUGCGUGGGUCGCAUGUUCAGCGUCGCUGUAUGCCUGGGUAGCGAGAUCGCGGCCCCUGGUCACGCUCUGAAGGGUGCUGCUGCAACCCAAAGCGGUGUGGGACUGCCCCCUGGUGGGCGGAGGUGUUGUUCUGGCACUUUAACCAAAAGACCCGAGGCCUAUUCAUAGUGCUCUACCUAGAAAUUUAUUCAGCAAAUUCCCUUUUUUUUUCUUUUUUUAAUAGUUUGAUUGUCAGUAUGUCAUUGUUUGAUCAUUAUGUAUAUAUUUCUGGUGGCAUGCACAUGAGUUGCGUUCAUUAUUUGAAGAUCUCAGAAAAGGCAAAGUGAGCCAUUAUAUAUGAAGUACCAUAAGUAGUUCAUAUAAGGAUACAAGGAUUUUACAGUCAUUACCUCCUAUCCUCGCUCACAGGUUGCUCAUAAAUAUUCACAUUUUCUAUGAGGACUCUGCAUUGACGGAUGAUAAACGCUGUAGCUGUAAUAUCUUUAUAAAUUGUGUGCCUUUUCAUAAAUAGAUAAUUUAUGAGAAGGCUGGAAAAACUGUACAAUCUGGCAGGAUCCUGUAGCUGUAAAGAAUAAUAUCUUUGUUCUCUUUUUAAAUUAUGUUUUUUUUUCUGCUGUUCGAAUGAAAACGUUAAGAAUAUGCAAGCGCUGAAAGAACCCUCAGGAUUUUUGUAAAACUGAAACGUGUGACGUUUCUCCCGGACCUCUUCCAUUCAGCUUUACAUUAGUCUCUUUCUCUUCACAUCAUGUCCCUGGAUCUGUUCUGUAACAGAUCCGGUCCCCUGUGUUUAACGACACCUAGAUAGUAUAGAUAUUGUAGACUACAACCAUAAAAUAGCCAUAAUAGCAAUAAGCAUAUAUUUUGUAAAAAUCCUGCUCUAGCUCUGAAUAAUUCUAAAUGGUCUGCAUCAUCCAAAGGUAUAAUGUGUGUAUGUGUGUGUGUGUGUGUGUGUGUGUGUGUGUGUGUGUGUGUGUGUGUGUGUGUCUGUGUGUGUGUGUGUGUGUGUGUGCGUGCGUGUGCGUGCGUGCGUGCCUGCAUGUAACCGGCGUGAGGUUAAAUCUUGCGUGAACACAGCUUUGCUCAUGGUAGACGGUAUGUUGUAUUCCUUCUCUGUGGAGAUCUAUAGGGGAUGAGCUUUACCAUAUCAGUGCAAUUGUGCUCAGCUAACAUGGCUUUGCUUUCUUUUUGUUCAGUUCAGGGCGUUAACAACAGCACACACACACACAUCCGAAUUUGGUCACUUUGUAAGGUUUACGGGUGGGGACUUUGAAAUCUGGAGAAGUGGAAGCCAUUGGGGAGCAAUUAAACACAGCGUUGGUGGCUCUCCCAAAGAGUAACCGUAAGGAGAAGCAAUAUCGCCAUCUCUGGUGAAACACGGUAUAUGCAAUUGCUCUUGCUAUUGGCUACAGAAUUGUUGCCCCGGGAUCUAACGUGGUGAACCACAAGGGCAGCUCGCCACAGUCUGCCCUUCUAACUGGUACGCUUGCUUGGUUUUGCUCCAGUGGUUAGAUUUUAGUGCUCACUGACCUACAGAGUGACCAGCUUUCGAGACAAAAAUGCACACAGUGAGCCGUCACGGACUACAUGCAAUACUGGAUUCCUUUUCCUUUUUUUGUCAUUGUUGUAAUAUCUUAAUUUUGUACAGUUAAUAAGUAGAAUAUUCAGAUUGUCAAACCAACCAAGAUAUAUCUCUAUACAUAUACAUAUAUAAGUAGCUAUUCUUAAUGUAACACGCCUGCUUUUCUGUUUAUUCUUUGACAUUCCAUCCCUCCUCCCUUCUCUUUAUGUUGGUUAUUGAUACACUAUAUGACCGUUAGUUGACUUCUUUGGUUGUUAAGUCACCAUAACUUGAUAGUGAAUGACUAUAGGGACUUUGUGGUUUCCAAGAAGUCAGUCACCAUUAUGCAAAACAAAUAAACGUCUUCAUGGGAGCUUUCUA